AUGCCGGGCAUCCCCCCAGUCCCCUAUAAAAGGCCAGAGGGCGGGGAGGGCCUGACGGGGGGUCCGGGCGGUCGCUGUGGUGCCAUGGAGGCGGCCGAGGCCACGGCGAAGGCGCUGCGGGCACCCAAGUGCUCCCGCUGCCGCAACCACGGCUUCGUGGUGCCCGUCAAGGGCCACGCCGGGCACUGCCGCUGGAAGCUGUGCCUGUGCGAGAAGUGCUCGCUCAUCACCGAGCGGCAGAAGAUCAUGGCAGCCCAGAAGGCGCUCAGGCAGCAGGAGACGGAGCCGCCGGCCAGGGCGGGCGCGGAGCCCGUUCCGUCGGGCGAGGGCCGUGGGGCGGCUGCGCGGGAGGACGGGGCCCCCGAGCACUGCAGCCACGAGAGGAAGAAGGGCGCCCAGCCCGACAGCGGCGGCAAGGGCACGGCAUGCUGGGCGCCACCGCCACCUCCCUUCAGGGACGACGCUCACCCUGCUUUUCCUGCAGAAUACACUGUAAACCCAGAAUACCUGGAGAGAGAAAUCCCAAAAGUGUACCCGGGGUGUUCUGGGGUAUAUCCUUACCACCCAUUUUCCCUGGGAUUUGCCAUCAAUGAGUCAAGCAGUGGGGAAGCUCCAUCACCUCCAGGGAUAUCACUUCAGAGAGGAUUCCGACACAUUCCUAGCAGCUAUGUGCCAGGGAAUGCAACCACUGUAUCAGUUCCAGAUGGAGCUGGAGAUUUCCCUCAAGGAUACUACACUCCUCUGCGUCAGUUCAUCCCACCAGGAUUUCUGACAGGCAUUCAUUACAUCCCAGCUCCGGUUUCACUGAACAUCCUGGCUGAAACAACCAAGGAAGUGAAUGCCACUGAAGCUGACAGUGAGGAUUCAGGGGUGGUUCAUGAAUGUGGCCAACCUCCUUCUUCCCCAGAAUAAACAGGAAGAGACCAAUCCAUAUAUUAUACACAAUAAAUGGGCUGGAGAAGAGCUGAGAGCAGGCAACACUGUUUCCAUUUCUGAGUGUUAGUUAAUGAGCGUAGAGUGACACUUAAUCACUGAGCAGUCACAACAGCUAGAAGGGGAUUAGUCCCCUGCCUCACUUUAUGAUCAAUGUUCGAGCUACCAGGCUCACAGCUCUGCCUCCCAAGCACUACAAAGCCCAUGUUCCUAAAAGGUUUUUCAGUGGAAGCAACAAAUGAUUAUGACUCUGAAUUUGUUCCUCUGCUGAGGUUACCUGGCUCCCAGACCAUGUCUCUGAGCCAUGUGCACUCUGCAGCAUUUUCAUGUUCAUGACAGUAGUCACAAAGAUGUUGUUUGUAUCAGUUUGCUACAAAGGAAAUCUGGUUCUCAAUGUUACAGAAGAGUUCAGGAUGUGGAGCCUGAAGACUGUGAGAGAGGAUGAGAAGCCCAGCCUGGGUUGCUGAUGCACUUGGUG